UCGUCAGCGGAUUAAUUGUGAAAAUAGUGAAACAUCUGAAAAGCCUAGUGGUACAAAAAUUAAAAUCACAUACCUUUGGACUUUUUGUUCAAAAUUUAUAGCCUAAAAUGCUGUUCCUCACCGCCCGAGUCGAUCACACGGCGGAGCAGAUCUUCAAAAUCAAGCAACUCAGGCAACUGGUGGAAAAGUGCGAGGAUCUAAGAGUUGGCACAGAGGACACCCUGCUGACCAAGUUCCUGCAUUACACACGUUGGGAUACAAUCAAGGCCUACCAGGCCAUCCAUGCCUACUAUGACUUCAAGAGGCGUCAUCCCACCUGGGUGGCCCGCCAUCCCAUCGAGCACUACCGUCAGCUGUUUUAUGGCACCCACUGUCGCUAUGUAAUGCCCCAGGUGGAUCGCAAUGGACGGGUUCUGGUCAUCUUUAAGACGGUGGAUGGGUUCCAGACCUAUCCUGACUAUCUGCAGAGUCUCGUCGAGAUGGACGAUUUGAUCUUUGAGUCCCUUUUACUUUUGCCCCGAGUCCAGGAAAACGGCAUCACGGUCAUCUGCGAUCUCCAAGGAACAACGAGGAAUUUUUUGCGACAGUUUUCGCCAGCUUUUAUGAAGGUGGUAAACGAGAAAAACGGAGUCCUGCCCUUUAGCCAGCGAAUUGUCCACAUUAUCCAGCGAGGAUUCCUGAUGCACGUGACCUCCACGCUUUUUAUGCCCUUCAUGAACAAGGAAUUUAAGGAAAGGAUCUUCACUCACGAUGGACGCCAAUUGAGUAAACUGCGUGAAAUGGUUGGCUAUGAAAGUUUGCCGGCGGAAUAUGGAGGUCCUGCCACAAAUGUUCUGGACACGAAUUUGAUUUUCAAUCAUUUAAGUCAAAACGCAGAGUACCUGCAAAAGCUGCAGACUUAUGGGAAGCUAUAGUGAAAUAUAAGAACAUAUUUUGUUGACUAUUUAAUCAGGAUUUUGCACAUCAACUAAAUAUAUUACUUAAUUUUAUACCAAA